AUGAGUUCAAGGUAUCACAAAUAAGAUUAGAAAUUUGACAAGGAGUUCUUAGCAAUAGUAGAUGCAUUUGGAGGGAAGAAUUGUACUAGCUGGACUUAAGUAGCUAGAAAAUUUGAAUUAUAAACAGGAGAGAAAGUAUAGAAAGCUAAUACACUUCGAUAUCGUUGGGAAUAAUUAACAGGAUAUUCAGAGAAUUUUACAAAAGAAUAAUAAAUAUAACUAAUAGAAAGUGAUAUAAAAUCUAGAGGUGUUAAAAGAUAAGGAUUAAAUGAUUUCUAUUAAUUAACAGGAAUUAAGUAAUUAAAAUAAAAUAGAUUUUAGAUUAUAUAAAGGAAGAUUUUGUAGAAUAUCCUCAUAACAUAUAAAAUAAGCAAUAUAAUCAAUUGAUGAAGUAUUUGCAAAAGAAAGAAAACAUAGAAGAUGUGGAAAAAAAGAUGCAGAAUUUAGAUUAAAAUUAUCACAUUUAAGCAUUUAUAUUUUAUUAAGAGCUAAAGAUACAUUGACAUCUGAUGGAUU